AUGCAAGAAUAUGCGACAGACAAACCGCCCCAGCCUCUACGCAUGGCACUCAGGAAUCCUUCCGAUGCUCUACAAAUUCUGGCGUGUUCGCAAGAUGACUCCCCUGUUUCAACACGUUCCUCAAUCGCAUACUCCGAUACUACUGGGCGGUUGGCCCCCCAAGCAUCCUCUCUUGAACAUAGCACGACGCAUGGUAAUCGGCCAACGCCCAGUUUUAUUCUUGAUAACUACGACCUAGUCAAGAGGGGCUUACUACAUUCGAGUAUUUUACCUGAGCUCCUACACAUAUACGCCAAAAACUACCAUCCCUAUUGUCCCAUCGUACCAGAAUACUUUCUAGGCUCAUCAGCCUUGGAGAAAGUUCAAAGGCCCGACUAUUUCCUUCUCACCAUUAUUCUGACUAUUGCCUCAAGAGACUCUCCGAAUCAUGUACUGGUACAUCGCUAUUGCUGGGACCAUACUCAACAUCUCCUUCUCCAAGUACUCCUCGCACAUUCAUGGUCCCAGACUCCCCGAACUGUCGAGGGUCUCAUACUGCUAUCGGAAUGGUUACCACACAUUCAGGCCAACCGAAGUACGGAAGCUAACAAGAGUUUGUCAAGUGAGGACAGAACGGCUUGGUCUCUCGUUGGCCUCGCUGUACGUUUGGGCUAUCUUCUUCGUUUAGAUACGGCUGCUUUCCGGAAUUCCGUUGACGACGAAUCGAAAGAACAAGAGGAGCGGAAGCGGCUAGUGUGGAUUUUUGUUUAUCUCUUGGAUAGACAGAUAUCCGUUCGCCUGGGCCAUUCAUUCUGGUCUCGAGGCCCAGCACUGUCGUCACACUUUACCGAAAAAGACUUUCCGAGUCUGAAGUCUACAUCCGGCAUUAACCAUCAGAGCUACGCAGCGGUUCUCGAAGCAAACCUCGAACUGACUCAACUCAUCUACAAUGCUCAUCAGAUUCUAUAUCCAUCUACCGACAAAACAAUCACUAUGAUACACAAUGGCGACUACCCUAUAUACCUGGAUGACUUUGACCGCUCCAUCACAACGUGGCAUGCCAAGUGGAAAGAUAUCGAAGCACCGAUCAAUGUCAAAACGAGUCUCAUGUUGACAUACGAAUACACACGUUUAUAUGUCAACGCCUUCUCCUUUCAGGCGGUCGUCAUACGGAAGUCGACUCCGCGUUCUUCAUCACAGCCUGGAAACAGACAACCGCACCCUGACCAGUUCGCUCAUGGCAUCAUGUCGCUUCCAGAUGGUAAAUAUGUUUUUGACGCUACGCAAGCGGCGAAAAGCCUCUUAGGUCUAUUUACUCGUCUUGAGCCACGGCGGGCAUCGUGUUACCUGCCUUCACGUUUUCAUUUAUACGGGGUGUAUGCAGCUGUGUUCCUCCAUAAAACAAAAAGUGCUGGAGUGUUCCAGUCCGCUGCUGAGAAGCAAGAAGUGACCAAUCUAGUGUUGCAGUUUAUUUCCAUCAUGAAAGAAGCUCCACUUGUCGAAACACAUGUCUGCCAUGGGUACAGUGUCAUGCUUAAAAGACUCUGGUGUCCAGACGACGGAGUCAACUCCUCUCAAGGCCAACAUAGUCCUGGAAUGGGCCAAAAUGCGACAAGCCAAGGAAUGGCCCAGCAGAGAGACAUCGAGAUUAAUGUUGAUUCUUCAAGUGCAUCACACGAGCCCGAAAUGCAACAGGAGAGCGGUCAGGAUAGGUUCAACAGCUUUUUUAACCAUGGUGGGCUGGAGUGUAUCGGGGAGGAGUUCUGGUUGGGGAAUGAUGGCCAGCUCCCGUCAGUCGAGGAGUAUCUUUUAGGGUCGUUCUGGCCUGGUAUCACGGGAUUUGAGAUUGACAAUGAAUCUCGGCCUGGUGAUCAAAAUGAGAUUCAACCCAUGAUGGGCGGGAUUUAG